AUGCUCGAAAAGACCAGACAGCAUCCACCAAAUAUCAAAGAAAAGAUAAUUCAUACAAAACCACUCAAUCAAGAUGAUUUUGCAACUUUUGGGGCUGUGAUUCAAAACCCCGCACCAGCGGUGAUCCCAUCAUCAACGAUCAAAACCUUACCACCAAAUGCGGUACAAGCCAACCAAGGUACCGCGCUCAAAUACCUAGAUGUCACGCAUAUGAAGGAUUACUACGGGAGCGCUCCUAGUCAACGGGUCGCGAAUGCAGUCAUGAACAUGUUUGUAUGCGCACCUCGUUCGCUUCUCCCGUCUCACGAUAGCAAUAUCGGGGGGUUAUUUCCGGUCACCAUACUGGAAAGACAUCCUUUCACGACUCAAACAUUCAUACCUCUCGGGAUAUCACCCUCGGAGCAAGAAGAUGUAUGUUACUUGGUUGUCGUAGCACCGAGUUUAACGCCGUCAUCAGUCGAUGAAACCUUACCUGUCCCCGUUCUCUCCCCCCAAACAAGCACGAGUGAUGAUAAUGUUGAGAACCUGCCCGGUCGCGGUUUACCGGACCUGAAUAGAAUUCAGGCUUUCUUAGCGAAUGGUUCACAGGCGGUCACCUAUGGAGCGGGGACCUGGCAUGCUCCGAUGGUGGUCGUGGGGAAGAAGCCCAUUGAUUUCGUCGUGGUGCAAUUUGCAAAUGGGGAAGGAAUUGAAGAUUGUCAAGAGGCAGAGCUGGAGACAACGGAUAAGGAUAUAUGCGUGGCAGUCCCCAAGUUGUCAAGGAAUGCGACGUGGAAAUUAUGA